GGCGGGAGACGGAGGCGCGGCUGAGGAGGAAAAGAAAACAGUAGAAGGGGAAUGAACAAUACACAGAGUGAGAAAGCAGCCGCAGAAAGCUCUUCUUGGAGAGAUUUGACGGAGAAGACCCGGCAACCUUGUUUACGGUGGAGGAGCAUCUAGGCGUUGGAAGGGGCGGUGGAAGCAGAAGGUUUUCGGCUUAUCGUAAUCGGAGGGGAGGAGAAGCGAAAGGAGAGGGAUGAUUGAGAAUUUGAAAUUCUGAUCUUUCGUCUAUAUCACACGGAUGGGACUGUUAAGAGUUCUUGUUUACCUACUUCAUUGAAGAGUUUGGAGCUCCUGAACCUUAUUUAUUGAGCAAGUAAUGGCUUGGAGGUCUUGCUUCCGCACUAGCUUUCUCUCAUGUAUUCUAAGGCCUGCAAAAUCACAAUGGCUGCCAAUACUCCAAGGUCAGAAACACUUUGUGAACCCCAUUGCUUUACAGAGUUGUUGUAAGAAUGGGUCUCUGUUGAAUUUUCAAGGAUUGAGAUCAUAUGCUCGUGGUGGACCCAAGAAAUAUGAUCUCUUUGGAAGUGGAAUACCAGGGAACAAAGAGUUCAGAGAAGCUUGGGCCAAAGAGAUGGAAGAAGAUAACACUCUGUGGACUGGAAGUGAGGAUGAAAGUGGUGGAGAAGAGGACUCAGAAAGCCGUCUUAAGAAAGAAAUUCGGAAAGUAAGACAGCAAGCUAAAGAGCAUUCAGAUCUGAUAGAUGCUGAUGACAGUGAUGAGUUAAGAAGUGUUUGGUCUGGCAGCGAUGAAGAGAAGACGCUGUGGACUGGUGAUGAAAUGGAUAGUGAUGAUGAUAUUCCUACAGAACCUUACCCAAAUGAAAGUAGUGACAAAUACAUAGAUAAAUUAUUCGAGUUUGAAGAAAUGCCCAAGUACCGGACCAUCUCUGAGUUACUGAAAUCUGAACAGGAACCUGAAGAGUUGUCCCCAGGAAAAAAAGCAAGGAAGCUUGCAGUUGAGAAUGCUUUGAAGAAGUUAAAGAAGGGUCCUGAUGGGCGAUACACCAAUGUGUGGGAGGUCAUGAGUGAUAUAGAUAUUCUAAUUGGAGCAUUUGAGAAUGUUGUCUCAGGACCAGAGUAUGCAGAGCUGAGACAAGGGGGGCCUAAAAAACUGAAUAUGCAGUUCUUCAAGGACAUACAAGCACGCAUGAGAGAUCCGAACUACAAGUUCUCUCCUGAGUUAAAAUUGAAGCCAAAGAGUAAACUUGUUUCCAGAAAGAAGUGGCAAAAGGCACAAUCUAGGAGGAGGAAAGCACAAAAGAGAUAAGCUAUUCUCUCUUUUAGAUAAGAUAAAGUCAAGUUGGUUAUAUAAUGUUCGUACCAUUGUCCUGCUCUUACUAUCUUGGAUUCAAGUCUUGUAUAUGUUAAUCAUUCAUAUUCACAGGCUUUCUUUGGUUGAAUCCGAGUAAAAGGAAUCCCUUUUCUUAAUUACUAUAAGAAAAGGAAUCCUAUUUUUCA